GGGACAGCAGCGGCUGCCGAGCCCCGCGCGUUUCGCUGGCGGUGGGGCCACUCGUGCUCCCCGCACACAGAGCCGCAAUCCACUGCUGCGGGCUGGCCCUGCCUUCCGCCCGGGCUUUCUCUUUGCUCCAAGCCAAGGGAUAGCGGGAUGAUGGGCUUUGUAGCCCCCUCACUGCCUAGCAGCCAAUGCCAGGAAAACCUGCCUGGCCAUCAAGCUGAGCGCCGAGCCGCUGUACCCCUUGCCUUGACGGGAUGUCCCCGCGUCCCCCGUGGGCUCAGGUGCUCCCAGCUCUUCGGAGCUGAGGAAGACGCCGCGGCCAGAGCCGAGCUCUGCCCUCCUCGGCGGAGCACGAGGAGAAGCAACGGAGGCUAUCGCGUCCUGAGACCGUGGGAGGGAACAGUGCCUGGGGACGUGCCACCCCAGCUGGUCUCGGGUUUGGACAGCGCAGCGACAUCCUUAGCUGGGAGCUGUCGGGCCGGGAAAACCCCCGGGAGCGAAUCCCUCCCCAGGGCAGGGACGGCCGGGGACCCUGGCCCUCGGCCACACCAGCGCCCGGAGCCGCAGCUUCCUCUCCCUUCUCGGGUCCCGGGGUCGCUGCGGGGCUCGGCGGGGACGCCCCCUCUGUUGGACCCCACCGCGGUGCGGGUCCCGCUGGAGGGGCGGCACGGCCGGACCCCCUGCCCCAAGCGCCCGGGCAGGGACUCACUGGAGUAAACAAGGCAAGGCAGGACUGCUGCUGGCAGCAGCAGGGGACUCCAGCCAUGGAGCAGAGCCAGGAGGGUGCCUGAAGCUGCUGGAAGGAGCAGGAGGGAGUGCAGGACAUGGAGCCCCCGAACAGCAGCAUGGCUGGGCAGGCAGACUCAUGUUUUGGGGUUUUCAAUGCCAGUGAUGGCCGUGCCAGUGCACAGAACAGCAUCGCCUCACCCUGGUUCUCCACGGCCUUUGGCCUCAUCGGCCUCUGUUCCAACCUCUUUGCCCUCUGUGUCCUGGUCAGCUCUUCCCGCAAGCUCUCCAGCCAGGCCCGCUCCUCCUUCCUCAUCUUCCUCUGUGGGCUGGUGGUCACAGACUUCAUGGGACUGCUGGUGACAGCCUCGGUCAUCAUCCCCUACCACUUCACCAAGUUCUCCUGGGCUGAGGUGGACCCUGGCUGCCACCUCUGCAACUUCCUUGGAUUCUCCAUGGUCUUCUUUGGGCAGUGUCCGCUGCUGCUGGGGGCCACCAUGGCUGGGGAGAGGUUCUUGGGCAUCAACCGCCCCUUCUCCCGCUCCACCAGCCUCUCCAAGCGCCGUGCUUGGGCCAUUGUGGGGCUGGUGUGGGGCUUCUCCUGCUUGCUGGGACUGCUGCCGGUGUUCGGGCUGGGCCGGUACACGCUGCAGUUCCCUGGCUCCUGGUGCUUCCUCACCCUCUUGCCCGACACAGGCGAUGUUGUCUUCUGCCUGCUCUUUGCACUGCUGGGCAUCCUCUCCGUGCUGCUCUCCUUCAUCCUCAACACCGUCAGCGUGGUCACGCUCUGCCGCGUCUACCACGACCGCGAGUCAGUGAAGCGGCGCCGUGACAGCGAGGUGGAGAUGAUGGUGCAGCUCGUGGGCAUCAUGAUUAUUGCCACCAUCUGCUGGAUGCCUCUCCUGAUCUUCAUUGUCCAGAUGGUCCUGCAGCACCUGCCUGGCCAGGCACAGGUGUUGCCCACGGACACACAGGAGAUGCUGCUGAUCUACAUCCGCAUGGUCACCUGGAACCAGAUCCUGGACCCCUGGGUCUACAUCCUGUUCCGCAGGGCUGUGCUGCAGCGUGUGUAUCCCCGGCUGCACCCCCGGCCCUCCAUCGUGUCCCUCACCCCCUCCCUGCCCCGCAAACUCACCGCUGGCUCCGUCCUGCAGUAGCAGCCCUGGGGACGGGCCCUGGGCAGGGGGACACGGCCAUCCCCCCAUCCCACCCCUGCAGUGGAUCCUCAUCACCUGCAUCCAGGGGCCUCCCCCUCCUCAAGCCUGAUACCCAAGGGGCUGUCAGGGGGCACAGGGCUGCUUCCCCCUCCCCGUCCCCAAUAAAACACAGCUCGUGCA